AACAUAGGAAGUCUCAUUAGAUCUCUACGCUCAUUAGCAGCGUAAUGUUUGUAAUUAACGCUCAAUGAAAUUAAAAACCUAAAUAAUUUGCAACACUCGACGACCGUCGAGUCCGCCUUCGAGGCGUCCAAUUUCGCAUAGGGGGAAAAAAAAUACUCUAAGGCCGUUCUAUUCAUGGUCGAGUCUUACAUUUGAGAUCGUCUUAAGUAUUAUCUUGAGACGUCAUUAACUAAUCACAGAGCCGUAUUAGCAUAAUCUUAAGACAUUACUUGAGACGGUCUUGAAAUAAGAUUUGACUAUGAAUACUGGCCUAAAAGCGAAAGAUACACGUAAUAUAAGAUAAACGUAAAAUAAGAUACACGUGUACAAUACACGUAUUCGAGCAAUUUCUUUUCCUCCUCAAGAAUCGACAGCUCUCGUUUUCUCGCAAGUUGUGUAAGCCCGCCUGAUUUAGUUCGAAUUAUUCGCAUAAAUUAGAUCGACUACACUUGCAUCGUAAAAGCAAGUUCGGAGCCCGUGCAUACGUCACGUUGCGAGAUCGUACGGGGUCGUGAUUGACUAUUCAUCAGGUGUCACCUGACAAUAAAUCGAAGUCGAAACUUCGGGAAAAAAAAGUAGUACACAAUAAUCGUUAUAUUUUCUUUGCGCGAACCCGCGGCAUUAGUCUCCAGACAACACGCAUAUCUAAAAGACAUCGGAAAGACGUUUUAAAAGAGACGUCUUUGAGGCCUAUUUCUACCAACGUAGAUUAACUUUAAUCUUGGAGUAACUUACUCUUUAUCUCUUUCUAAUUUUGGGAACUAGAAUGAGAUAACAAGUAAAUUAAACCGAGUCGUCUUUAAGAUGUCUUAAUGUUCUCUGGGUCGGUAUUUCGGGCUUUACAUAUAUCCGAAACAUUUUAAUGUAAAACCGUGGGCUUGUACACCGAAUAAAACGAGUUCAUUUAAACGUAUCCCGAUCCGAUUUGGCACUUCUUUUCGAAAGGAGAAUAAUGUGAGGAGAAUAAGUGAAAAAAUUGGAAGAGUAAUCACGGCGUCGCACAGUGGGAAAAAACGAUAUGUUAAGCGUCAAAAAUCUAUAUCAAAUUUUUAAUCUUUUGUGGAUUCAAAUUUAGCGACUAAAAAAGCAUGUAGAAUAUCAAAUUUCAAUUAUUUCGAUUGAAAAUUGACGUGGUUAUUUUUAACGGCUUGUAUUUUCCCCACUGUGCAUCGUUUGCAAACAGUAAAAACCGCAAUUAUAUCGUAAUGUAUUCGCGUAAAUCUUUAUAUGACAGAGGAGCGGCUUCGGCGCUGAACGACGCUGAUCUCCGUGUGCAUGCGAACGACGAUCUCCUCCGCGGGGAGAUAAAUGCCUGGACUCGAGCUGACGGUGCCUCAGUCAAGAUCGUCGAACAUGGUGAGUUUCCCGGCCACCAUCGGUCACGGUUCGAUGCUUAUACGCGGCUGUUUAUUAGCGUGAGCACGUCCGUCGCGCGUUUAAACACGCGAUCCGCUGAUGAACAAAAUGUCGCGGGUGAAGUAAAGCUGGACAUCCCGGCAGAUGCCUCGGAAGAAUCCGAUAUCUGUCGCAUCGAUAUGCAAACAGUUAUUUUAGCCGCUUCCAAACCGGAUGAAAAAGAUGACAAGCCAACUUCUACAGAUUAUGGUGACGUAGUUCAGCAACUACGAGACUCAUUUUAUAGAGGCAAAACGCGGCCGUUAGAAUGGAGGAUCAAACAAUUAAACCAAAUUAUUCGUAUGCUAACAGAAAACUCCUCAGAAAUGAUAGAAGUGCUAGCAAAGGAUUUGCAUAGGUGCAAGUUUGAAACAUUAGCAUUGGAAAUCGAUUAUACAAUUCAAGAAACUAAGUAUAUGCUCAUGAAUAUUAAGGAAUGGGCAGCAACAGAGAAGCCACAUAAGUCAGUGGCAUACUUUUUCGAUAAAGUGGAAAUUCGAAAAGAUCCUUAUGGAGUUGUAUUAGUCAUGGGUGCGUGGAAUUACCCUAUUCAGCUGACCUUAUUACCUAUGAUGGGUGCUAUCGCAGCUGGAAAUUGCGUGUUAUUGAAACCUUCUGAGAUUUCAGCAGCUACCUCGAGAUAUUUAUACGAGACCAUUCCGAAAUAUAUAGAUACGGAGUGUUGCCGUGUAGUAAUGGGAGGAAUCCCAGAAACAACAGAAUUGCUUAAGCAGCGUUUUGAUUAUAUUUUUUAUACUGGAUCUUCUGGAAUCGGAAAAACUGUACGGGCAGCUGCUAAUAAAUAUCUUACGCCUGUUACGUUAGAGUUAGGUGGAAAAAGUCCCGUAUAUAUAGAUAACACAGUGGAUAUGUCAAUGGCAGCAAAACGUAUUUUAUGGGGUAAAUGCAUCAACGUUGGUCAGACUUGUAUUGCACCCGAUUAUUUGUUAUGCACACGCGAGGUACAAAACAAAUUUAUUGAGGAAGCAAAGAAAAUUUUACAAGAAUGGUACGGUGACAAACCACAGGAGAGUCAUGAUUUGGCGCGCAUUAUUACGGAAAAACAUUAUCGACGUCUUAUUGGUUAUUUAAAUAAUAAAAGCCAAAUUGUUGUUGGUGGCGAUGUAAAUCCUGCCGAAAAGUUUAUUUCGCCUACAAUACUUGUUGACGUCAAACCAGAUGAUCCUAUCAUGCAAGAAGAAAUAUUUGGACCGAUAUUGCCUAUAAUUAACGUUAAUAAUGCAUACGAUGCAAUUAACUUCAUCAAUAGUCGUGAAAGCCCACUCGUACUGUACGUAUUUACCAUGAGCAAGGAGAUACAAGAUCAAAUUAUAGACCAGAUCAGGAGCGGAGCUGUGUGCGUCAACGACACGGUAUUGCAAUAUACCGUUGAAACUCUACCUUUUGGAGGAGUAGGAUACUCUGGUAUGGGAGCUUACCAUGGAAAAUACACGUUUGACACAUUCACGCAUAAGAAAGGUUGUUUGAUUCGGAAUUACAAUAAAUUUGCAGAAAAAAUAGCUAAAGCCCGUUUUCCGCCCUAUUCCGAUCGAAACUUGAAAUUGCUUAGACAUUUGGUUGAAAGAAGACCUACUCCUUUCUUUUUGAAAUAUUUACCGUAUAUACUUACGUUCGGUCUCGGGAUACUUGCCACAAUCGGAAUCAGAGCUGCAAUGAAGGUACAAAAACCGAUAUUAAAUCGUAUAUAAUUAAUUUCAUGAUAUAUGUAAGUGUAAGUGGGCUAAUAGAGUAGUUUUGUAAUCAUUGUAGAAAUAUUGAAUAAAAUACAUUGAUAUAAAUAGUGGCAUAGUAGUAGGGAAAGAAAGGUGUAAAAGAACAAAUAAAGAUAAAUGUCAGGAUUUCGAAAAAAAGUCCAAGUUUCCAAAGAUUGUUAAAUACAAUUAUCCAAUAUAUUGAUUAAUAUUUUCAUAAUUAAGCUAAAGAAAAAUUGUGUAUAUAACUGUACGUUAAAAAUAAUUGUUUUUUUUAGAAUUUUUUAAUCUGCUUUUUUGUAAAGUAAUAAAUGUUUAUUACUUGAAUGUUUCAAUAGAUGUUCAAUGAUCAACAGU